AAGUGUGGCCAGCAACAAAAAAAUAAAAAUGAAUAAUAAUUCGAAUUUCAUAACUGUCAUGAUAAUUUUGAUAUUCGUCUCAGUGUUCUAUCUAGUUGUUACAUUUAAACCUCUAACAAAAGAGGAACAUAUUGAGAAAAUUAAUAAAAUGAACAGUGAAGUGGAACCAUUCAGAAGAAAUAUAUCAGAAUGCGCCAGACAAGUUAAAGCGGGAAUGGGUGACGUCGAAAAUUUCUUAAAACGAAUACCACAAGCUACUAUGGAAGGAAAAUGUUUUGUAGCUUGUAUUCUUAAAAGAAAUUCUAUUAUAAAAAUGAAUAAAAUAGACCAUAAUGCUUUAUUGGAUGCAAAUAAAGCUGUUUACGGUGAAGAUAGUGAGGUUAUGACAAGAUUAAAAGCGGCGAUAAACGAAUGUAAUAAGGUUGUCGAAGGUAUUUUUGAAAUCUGUGAAUAUGCGUCUGUUUUUAAUGAUUGCAUGCAUAUAAAAAUGGAACAUAUAUUAGAUAAAAUAACUAUGGAGAGAAGAAUGGAGGCAUUAGGACAAAUGAGUAAUAACCCAGAUGAAUGGACAGAUGAGGAAGAUGAAAUUUUGAAAUUAGUAAAAGAUGAACUAUAAUUAGUAUAUAAGAUUAGAAAUAAACUGAUAUAUAAA